GCCUUUCCCCCCACUCAGCCAUCUCCGACCGGGGCGCGCGUUCCCCCCGGCCCGGUUUCUUCUCUCCCUCCAGGGACACCGCUCCCUAGCCCCGGCCCGACCCUCCUCAAAGCGCAGCACGGAGUCUCGGCGUCCCAUGGCGCAACCUACAGCCUUGGCCCAGAAGCUGGUGCGGCCCAUCCGCGCCGUGUGCCGCAUCCUGCAAAUCCCGGAGUCCGACCCCUCCAACCUGCGGCCCUAGAGCGCCCCCGACGCCCGGGGGGAAAGAGAGCGCGAGCGCGCUGAGUAGAAAGAGGGAGAACGCCCCGAAGCCGGCCCAUGGGGAGCGAGUGCCCCGCGCCGACCAACACGACCGCCGCCCACACCGCGCCCGGCCUGUGAAGCCCAGGACCCCUCCUGGGAGAGCCCCAUGAGGGCAGGAGAGUGAUGGAGAGUAUGCCCAGCUUCCUGAAGGACACCCCAGCCUGGGAGAAGACAGCCCCUGAGAACGGCAUUGUGGGACAGGAGCCCGGUACACCACCACAGGAUGGCUUGCGCCAUGGGACACUGUGCCUAGGAGAACCUGCUCCCUUUUGGAGGGGCGUCCUGAGCACUCCAGACUCCUGGCUCCCUCCUAGCUUCCCCCAAGGCCCCAAGGACACGCUCUCACUGGUGGAGGGUGAGGGUCCUCGGAAUGGGGAGAGAAAGGCCAGCUGGCUAGGCAGCAAGGAAGGACUGCGCUGGAAGGAAGCAAUGCUGGCCCAUCCGCUGGCCUUCUGUGGGCCAGCGUGCCCACCUCGCUAUGGGCCCCUGAUACCUGAGCACAAUGGUGGCCAUCCCAAGAGUGACCCUGUAGCCUUCCGGCCCUUGCACUGCCCUUUCCUGCUGGAGACCAAGAUUCUAGAGCGAGCUCCUUUCUGGGUUCCCACCUGCUUGCCGCCCUAUCUGAUGUCCAGUCUGCCCCCAGAGCGUCCAUAUGACUGGCCUUUGGCCCCGCACCCCUGGGUAUAUUCCGGAGGCCAGACAAAAGUGCCCUCUGCCUUCAGCUUAGGCAGCAAGGGCUUUUACCACAAGGAUCCGAAUAUCCUCAGGCCAGCCAAGGAGCCCUUGGCAGCUUCAGAAUCUGGGUUGUUGGGCUUAGCCCCUGGUGGGCAUCUCCAGCGAGCCUGUGAGGCAGAAGGUCUCUCACUUCACCAGAGGGAUGGGGAGACAGGCACUGGCAGGCAGCAGAAUCUUUGUCCACUUUUCCUAGGGUACCCAGACACUGUUCCUCGGACCCCCUGGCCCUCUUGUCCCCCAGGCCUAGUUCACACUCUUGGCAACAUUUGGGCUGGGACAGGAAGCAAUAGCCUUGGGUAUCAGCUUGAACCACCAGUUACACCAAGAUGCCCAUCUCCUGGAGCUCCCGCUCCUCUGGGGGGCUGUUGCUCAGCCCACCUACCUGCCAGAGAGGGGGAUCUUGGCCCUUGUAGGAAAUGCCAGGAUAGCCCAGAGGGAGGUCCCAAUGGGCCAGGUGAAUCCAGUGAAGAAAGGAACAAGGCUGGCUCCAGGGCCUGUCCCCCAAGCCAUCACACCAAGCUAAAGAAGACCUGGCUCACACGCCACUCGGAACAGUUUGAGUGCCCAGGUGGUUGUCCUGGGAAGGAAGAGAGCCCAGCCACUGGGAUCCGGGCACUCAAGAGGGCAGGCAGUCCAGAGGUUCAAGGAGCAGUAAAGGGCCCAGCUCCCAAACGCCCAUCCUGCCCUUUCCCAGGCACUGGGAGGCAGGGGGCCAGGGCUUGGCAGGAGGUACCAGACACAUCCACAGGAAGCAAGGCGGAGGCAGAGCAACAAGAGGAGCAGAGAGGAUCCCAAGAUGGCAGGAUUGGCCUCCAGGAAUCCAGGCUUCGGGAUACAUCUUGCCAGGCUCACUUAGCAGGUAUCACUCAGUGCCAAAGCUGUGCCCAGGCAGCUGGAGAGGUAGGAGUACUGACCAGCCACUCCAAGAAAUCACAGAGGCUGCCUCUGGAAGAGAAGCACUUGGAGGAGGAGGGUUCCUCUGCCAGCUCCGAGGAGGGAGGAGGAUCUGACCCAGAAGCCCCCCUCAACAAGGGCCUGGCCAAGCACCUGCUGAGUGGUUUGGGUGACAGACUCUGCCGCCUGCUACGGAAGGAACGGGAGGCUCUUGCCUGGGCACAGCGUGAAGCAGGCCAGGGGCCAGCCAUGACAGAGGACAACCCAGGCAUUCCACACUGCUGCAGCCGUUGCCACCAUGGACUCUUCAACACCCACUGGAGAUGUUCCCACUGCAGCCACCGGCUGUGUGUAGCCUGUGGUCGCAUAGCCGGAGCUGGGAAGGCCAAGGAGAAAGCAGGCUUUCGGGAGCAGCACACAGAGGAGUGUGCCCAGGAGGCUGGGCAUGCUGCCUGUUCCCUGAUUCUGACCCAGUUUGUCUCCAGCCAGGCGUUGGCAGAACUAAGCACUGUGAUGCACCAAGUCUGGGCCAAGUUUGACAUCCGUGGGCACUGUUUCUGCCAGGUUGAUGCCCGUGUGUGGGCCCCUGGGGAUGGGGGUCAGCAGCAGAAAGAACCAACAGAGAAAACUCCUCCGACUCCAAAACCUUCCUGCAAUGGAGAUUCCAAUAGGACCAAGGACAUCAAAGAGGAGACCCCAGACUCCACUGAGACCCCAGCAGAGGACCGUGCUAGCCGAUCACCCCUUCCUUGUCCCUCUCUGUGUGAACUGCUAGCCUCUACUGCUGUCAAACUCUGCCUAGGGCAUGAGCGGAUUCACAUGGCCUUUGCCCCGGUCACUCCAGCUCUGCCCAGUGAUGACCGUAUCACUAACAUCCUGGACAGCAUCAUUGCACAUGUAGUAGAAAGGAAAAUCCAAGAGAAAGCCCUGGGGCCAGGCCUUCGAGCAGGGGCAGGCUUGCGCAAGGGCCUGAGCCUGCCCCUGUCACCAGUUCGAUCCAGGCUGUCUCCUCCUGGGGCUUUGCUGUGGCUGCAAGAGCCCAGGCCUCGGCAUGGCUUUCACCUCUUCCAGGAACACUGGCGGCAGGGCCAGGCCAGCUUGGCCUGCCUCUCCCUUCCCAGUGCUAUGGCCUCACCUGCUCCACACGGUCCUGGUCCUCAGGCUCAGGGUGUCCUGGUGUUCAGAGGGAGCUGCAAGCCAGUGUUAGUGUCAGGCAUCCAGAAGACACUGAGAGUUAGCCUGUGGGGAAUGGAAGCUCUUGGGACACUUGGUGGCCAGGUGCAGACACUGACUGCCCUCGGGCCUCCCCAGCCCACAAGCCUGGACAGCACAGCAUUCUGGGAGGGAUUCUCUCACCCUGAGACACGUCCAAAGUUAGAUGAGGGCUCUGUGCUCCUGCUCCACCGAACCCUGGGAGACAAGGAUGCCAGCAGGGUGGAGAACCUUGCCUCCAGCCUUCCACUCCCAGAGUACUGUGCCCACCAAGGGAAACUCAACCUAGCUUCCUACCUCCCCCUGGGCCUGACCCUGCAUCCACUGGAGCCCCAGCUCUGGGCAGCCUAUGGUGUGACGCCACACCGUGGACACCUGGGGACCAAGAACCUCUGUGUGGAGGUGUCUGACCUAAUCAGUAUCCUGGUGCACGCUGAGGCACAGCUGCCUGCCUGGCACCGAGCACAGAAAGAUUUCCUCUCAGGCCUGGAUGGGGAGGGACUCUGGUCUCCAGGUAGCCAGACCAGCACGGUGUGGCACGUGUUCCGGGCCCAGGAUGCCCAGCGCAUCCGUCGCUUUCUCCAGAUGGUGUGUCCAGCUGGAGCAGGGACCUUGGAGCCUGGUGCCCCAGGCAGCUGCUACUUGGAUGCAGGAUUGCGACGUCGUCUAAGAGAGGAGUGGGGUGUGAGCUGCUGGACUCUGCUGCAAGCCCCUGGAGAGGCGGUGCUGGUCCCUGCUGGAGCACCCCAUCAGGUGCAGGGCCUGGUGAGUACAAUCAGUGUCACCCAGCACUUUCUGUCUCCUGAGACCUGUGCCCUCUCUGCUCAGCUCUGCCACCAGGGAGCCAGCCUGCCUCCUGACCACCGUAUGCUUUAUGCCCAGAUGGAUCGGGCUGUGUUUCAAGCAGUGAAGGUGGCUGUGGGUACAUUACAGGAAGCCAAAUAGGGGAUCCUGGUUCCUGCAGGGGUGGUGGGCAGGUAACCAAGUACUCAGUCUUUGCAGAAUUUCAACAAGGAAUGGUACUGGGGAACUUAGAGGGUGUGGUCUGUCCCACAAAUAUCACUUUGGGCAUAAGCAGGGAAUUCCUCACCUUGGCCCUAGCCCUAAAGGGAACAACUGUAGUGCCACUGAAGUGUACACCUGCUCCCCCAUGGCCUUCCUCUCCAUGGUAUCAGGUUUAUACUAGGGGUAAAUGAUUCCUUCCAACCCUUGUACUCCGCCCCAGGGGAUGAUGAACACCCUUCCUUGGGGAAGCUUGGGAAUUGUUUUGGCUUUAUCAACACUCCCUUCUAUUGCCUCAUCCUGUGUUGUCCCUGGGUCCCCAGUUAUGCUACAGCUCACACCACCUACAUGAAGCUCCUGAAUAGCCCUUCUGAAUAUAGGUCUGCUGGAUUGGGAGCCACAGAAUUCUUCCCUUACAGAGGAGCUGUGGAGUUAGGGAGGAGAUGGCCUCAGUUAAUGGCCCAGGCUGGCUGGAGGGAAUGAUGUGAGCAGUGUCACUGUGUCUACCUCUCUGCCUCCCAGUCUGUAUUAAAAUCGGUUGUUUGGUGACUGCUGCCAGCUUAGGUUGGCCUUACUCUGCCUGCCAGGAGGGCUGGGGAGAGAAGGCAAACACAGAAAUCUGCUCUGGAGCAGAGACCGGCAGACAGAGACCUCAUAUACCACUGCCAGAUCUUGGGGAGGCCCGGACCCCUGGAGCUUUCUGGAAACUAAAGAUGUUCCUGACUGACAGCAGAAAAGGCAGAGUUCUAGGGUGCAGCACUGAGACAGCCUCCCUGGGUGGCAUCAGCCUGUGGAGAUUACAAAUCCCCCUGCCUCUGUCCCACGUAUCCUGUGUGCUCUGAUCUGGAAAGACAGGAGAACCCUUGCUCAGCCCAACUGCUCUUGGUGUCCAGGCCCCCCAAGACAGAGCUUCGCUGCCUCAGACAGCUGACCCCCUGCCCUGUGGCCCUUCUGGUAACGCUUUGCUCUCUACCUCUUCCCCUGUGUAUCUCAACCGCACAAAUGCGCCAGCUCUUGUUAUACUUAACUGUUCCUGCUGUGGUUUGGGGAUUUUUUUUAAUUAAAUAAACAUUUUUAUUAUAAAUAUAA